AUGAUAAAUUCAACUUGGGAACAAAUACGUCGAGAAGUUAGAAAUUAUCGUAGUUCAAUACAACCUUCAAAUGUUGUCAACAUUAAAGACUUUUGUUUUGAUGAGGAAAGUAAUCGCGCAUAUUUCUUGGCUACAGAUUCUUCAUGGAUGAAAACAUCAACAUUAUUUGUGGUUGAUUUGCCAUCUUUGAAAGAACACGAGUUUCAUAAUCAAUUUUCUUUUAGCUUUUCAAACAAUGAAUUUCAGGUUAAAGACUUUCCUUUUACCUUUCCACAAUCUAUUUCAUGCGAUAAAUCAAUAACAACUACAAUACCAACAAAUUCUGACCACAUAUAUAUUUCAAAUUUGAAAUCAAAUAAAAAACAGGCAUUAAAAAAUUCAUCAACAACAAUUUUAUCAAAUAAGUUACCAGUUGUUCAUUGGAGACCUUUAUUGUCAGAAUUAUGGUUAAAAGAAAAAUCCUUUUCUGAAACAUUAUCGAGAGAAGAAUUGUUUGUGAAGGAACGAAGGAGGCUAGCCUUACAAGGAAUUGCUAGCUAUCAAUUCGAUCCAAUCGGUUGUCAAAUUCUUUUCAGUUAUGGCAGUGGAAUAUAUUUAGGACAUAUUGGCGAGAAUGGUGAAUUUAAUCCCAUACCAAUAACGCCUCGUUCUAGCUCUAUAAUAUUUUCUGGAAAUUCAAUGAACUUUUCCCAAAUUAGUCACUCACCACAUCACAACAAUUUAUCACCAAUCACUUCUCCUUCAACAACCUCUUCUUCCUCCUCUUCACCGCCACCACCUCUCCCUUCUUUCUGUACCUCCCCCAACAAUAAUAAUAAUAACUUAUUACCGCCACGAUUAGACCCAAAACUGGGUGGUCAAAAUCAAAAUCUCGUUGCAUUCAUUAGAGAUCGUGAUAUAUGGGUUAGUACAAUGAAUGGCUGCGAAACACAAUUAACAUUUUGUAAUGAUCAUGAUCCAGAUGGUAAUUCUGCACUAAGUUGUGGAGUUGCAGAAUUUGUGAUGCAAGAAGAAUUCCAUCGUUUUACGGGUUAUUAUUGGGCACCCACUUCAACUAAUAAAUAUAUGAAAGAUACUUUAGAACGUAUACUUUACUUACAGAUAUCAGAGUCUAUGGUAGAUUUAGUUUUAAUAUCAAGGCCUGGAUCACCAAGCGAAGUAGAAGAAUACCGAUAUCCAAGAGCUGGUAGACUUAAUGCAGUGAGCGAUUUACAGAUUGUAGAAUUUUCACCGCGUUAUUACGAAGACGAGGAUCCCGCACAUGGUCCUGUUCAUAAAAGACUAUGGGGUUGCGCCACGUUGGAUAAACUUUUCCCGUGGAUGGAAUAUAUUGUUCGAUUUGGCUGGUGUUCUAAUGGAAAUAGUGUGUGGGUUCAGUUUCUUGAUCGACCGCAAAAACGAAUGGCUAUGGUAAGAAUUCCCAUUAGGAUCUUUAUGAGCUUAUCUGAAUAUCAAGAAAGCGAAGGAAAAUAUGAUGAAUUCUACAUGUCCCAAAUUGAAGUAAUUUUUGAAGAAAGAAGCAAUAUUUGGAUAAAUGUAGUGGACAUAUUUUAUUUUUUUAAUGACAAUGAAACAACAACACUUUCAAAACAUAAUUCAUAUCCGACAAAUGAUUAUGUUGAAUCAACAAAGCUCUUUAUUACUACAGAAACCACAGGAUUUAGACACCUUUAUCUCGUUCUGAAAUAUUCAAAUAUUUCAGAAUAUUCAAUUAGGCAAAUUACUGCAGGAAACUGGCCGAUUGUCGACAGACCCAUAUUUGUUGACACUAGGCGAGAGCUUGUAUACUUUACAGCGAAAAAGGACACGCCAUUGGAAACACAUUUGUAUGUUGCUAGUUAUGCUGAAGGGGCAGAAAAUAAUGAAAUUAUAAGGCUAACAGAAUUAGGAUACAGUCAUAUUGUAGUAAUGGAUGAAAAAUGUGAAAAGUUUUUGGAUUGGUUUUCCAGUAUAAAUGAUAAACCUUGUUGUGGAAUUCGAUAUUUAGAAUGGGUUGAUGAUAAAUGCAUUUUCCCGAAAGUGAGUGAGAAUAUGGGUAUUUUAGUGAAAGGCGGCAAAGAAGACGAUAAAAAAGAAUCCGAGGAAAGAAGACACAGCAAACAAAAAGUACCGGUUGGUGAAUUUUUUGAUUUCAUAAAUAAAGAUGGUGUGAAAAUAUACGGAUGUUUAUAUAAGCCGGAUAUGUAUGUUCCUGGAAAAAAGUAUCCAACUUUAUUAACGACACAUUUUGAUUUUGCAGUUGUUUUGAUUGAUGGGCGUGGAUCUUCAGAUAGGGGAAUAGAAUUUGAGUCGUAUCUUAGGGGACGUAUGGGUACUGUAGAGCUGGAGGAUCAAAUAGCGGGAUUACGAUAUUUAGCAUCAAACAAUAUGGGUGUUGAUUUAGACCGAGUAGCUAUAACAGGAUGGAGCUAUGGUGGAUAUUUAAGUUUGAUGGCAUUGGCACAAUACCCUGAUAUAUUUAAAUUGUCCAUUGCAGGAGCACCAGUAACACAAUGGGAAUUAUAUGACACUGCUUAUACCGAGCGUUACAUGGGACUUCCGGCUGAAAAUAUAGAAGGAUAUCAUAACGGAAGCGUUUUAACUUGGGCAGACAGAUUUCCUGACAAUGAACAUCGAUUACUGAUUGCUCAUGGUCAAAUAGAUGAAAAUGUUCAUUUCAAGAAUUCAGAACUUUUAGUAUCAGCCUUGGUUAGACAUAAUAAACCACAUGUAUUACAACCAUAUCCUGCCGAACGUCACGGUCUUAGGCAUGCGAAUGUUGCAGAACACUUUGAAACUUUAAUGUUUUUUUGGUUGUUAAAUUAUUUGUGA